CAUCAUCCUCUAGAUAGUCUAUUGAUCCAUCAACGGAACCACAAAGACAAUUGCAUCAUCUUAUUUGGGGGCUUCGUAAGGCUAUUUCCACAUAACAAUAGUUGCCCAAUUUGAGCUAACCUCCCUCCCAGCAGUAGCUAUCUAGUUUGACUUAGCUUCCCAUAUAGUAGUAGCAGUAACCCAUUGUUACCUAGUCACCAUUGGAUGACUAGAACCUUAGUGACAAUGUAGCAAUGGAGGAGGAGGCUGAAGAGCGUAAUUUGGAGGUAGAAUUGGAUGCUGAGUUUGGUGUGCUUGAUCCUGAGUUGGAUGCUCAACUUGAGGAGGAGUUGCCUCAUGUUGUGCCAAAGACAAGUCGUGGCAUGGGUAAGGGGGAUGAUGCUCCAGUAGACUCGAGUCACAGAAAGUUGCUUUCAAUAAAUCAACGAGGCACAUUAGUCAUGAGAGGUUUGGGAGGACUGCAACAGUAAUAUGGAAGUCUUUAUAUGAUGAGCCAAUGCUCUUUUGGUCUAGUUGGCCUUAGGAAAAGAAAAGGAUUGCUUGGGAGAAUUUCCAAGAAUGUGAGUAUCUCCUCUGUUUUUUUUUUUUUUUUUUGCUCAACUUGAUGGUAACCAUGAGUUAGUUAUUUUGUUUUAAGACCUCUACUUUAGCCCUUGCCAUUGGGUCAUUCCUUGUCUCUAUUUCAUCUUCCUUCUCUUCUUCUUGUUCCUCAGCCAUUUUCUUUCUAGGAAUGUAAAAGAAGCGCAAUCAGUGCAAUUGACAAAAGAUUGAUUUCUAGGCUUGUAAAUGAAAUGGUUCACGACUU